CUGCUACGUCAUUGGUCAUCGGCUUUCGUACAGCCAAGAUGGCGGCCACUAUGUUAAGGUCGCUUACAAAAUUGGGACGUCCUUCAACAAAAUUGAUAUUAAACAGUAGUCCGGCGAGCCCCAGUUGCACUGUCCUGCAAAACAGGCAGAAGCAAUGGCAGCCAGAUGUGGAGUGGACGGAGCAGUUUGCUGGGGCAGUGAUGUACCCUACUGCCCUCAACGAAAAAUGGGUCCCACCACCAUGGAAUGACAUAGAUCCUCCUAUGGAGAAGCCUGUGUCCAACUUGACCAUUAACUUUGGUCCCCAGCACCCUGCAGCCCAUGGUGUAUUGCGUCUGGUGUUGGAGCUAAGUGGGGAAUCGGUCAAGAAAUGUGAUCCCCAUGUCGGUCUGCUUCACCGUGGCACAGAGAAGCUCAUUGAAUACAAGACUUACUUGCAGGCUCUUCCCUACUUCGACCGCCUAGAUUAUGUGUCCAUGAUGUGCAAUGAGCAGGCCUACUCCCUGGCUGUGGAGAGACUGCUCAACAUCCAGGCCCCACUCCGUGCACAGUGGAUCCGAGUUUUAUUUGGAGAGCUGACACGCAUCCUGAACCACAUCAUGGCUGUCACAACGCACGCCCUUGACAUCGGUGCCAUGACCCCCUUCUUCUGGAUGUUCGAGGAGAGAGAGAAGAUGUUUGAGUUCUAUGAACGCGUGUCUGGAGCCAGGAUGCAUGCUGCCUACGUUAGACCCGGUGGUGUGCACCAGGACUUGCCACUUGGUCUGAUGGACGACAUCUAUGAGUGGAGCAAGAACUUCUCCAUCAGGAUCGAUGAAGUGGAAGAGAUGUUGACCAACAACCGUAUUUGGAAGAACCGCACUGUGGACAUCGGGGUGGUGUCUGCUGAGGAUGCCCUUAACUGUGGCUUCAGUGGCGUGAUGCUAAGAGGGUCGGGUAUCAAAUGGGACCUGAGGAAGUCUCAACCCUAUGACAAGUAUGACGAGGUGGAAUUUGACGUUCCCAUUGGGAGCAAAGGAGACUGCUACGACAGGUACCUUUGCAGAGUGGAGGAGAUGAGGCAGUCUUUGAGGAUCGUGCUUCAGGCGCUAAACAAGAUGCCAGAGGGGGAGAUAAAGGUGGAUGAUGCCAAAGUUGCUCCACCCAAGAGGUCUGAGAUGAAGAUGUCCAUGGAGUCUCUGAUCCACCACUUCAAGCUGUACACAGAGGGUUACCAGGUGCCCCCUGGGGCCACAUACACAGCCGUGGAGGCUCCUAAGGGAGAGUUUGGUGUUUAUCUGGUCUCGGACGGUUCCAGCAGACCCUACCGCUGCAAGAUCAAAGCUCCCGGAUUCGCUCACUUGGCCAGUCUGGAUAAAAUGGCCAAGGGGCACAUGUUAGCCGAUGUGGUGGCCAUUAUCGGCACACAGGACAUAGUGUUUGGAGAAGUCGACCGUUAAAAUGAAGCCACCACCACUCUGGCGAGGAGAACCCAUCCUCUUCUCGUUUCUCUGUAUCUGUUCGUCCGGUUCUCUUCCUAUUCAUGAUUUCACCGUAGUGAGACUUAAGACAGUCGACUCCAUUUACAAGCUUCCAUGUGUACUGUAAACACAGUUAAUAAAUAUUUUAUGACCGAACUGCA